AUGCCCAGAAAGCAUCGCAAGCCGGGUAGCCUGGACGUAAGAAGCGAGCCCGUUUGGCGGCCGAUAGGAUGUUUGAACCAGAGAGACGCCCCUGACGGACUGGUCAGAAACCCAAAACCACUCAAAGAUCCCGAACAGAAGAUGAACGAUCUUGUGUCGGAGUGGGUAGAUCAGCCAAUGAGGACCAUCUCAGCAUCUGAGUAUCCUCUUGCCGUGAGAUGCACUCUCCCUGACGCUGGGGAGUCAGUUGGGCGUCCGAAGUACUGGGCCAUGGGUUUCAAAAGAAUCACUCAGUCUCAGGACAACAGGAUCAUCCAAAGGUGCUGGAAAGACAUUGUCGACGCCAAUAUUAUCCCUUCAUGCGGCUCAUCUUCACGCUCCAAAGAUGAUAAUCGAUCAUAUCAUGCGGGAAUUUGGCACCCACCCACCCAAUCUGACGUCCCUUUCUACUCAAAAGACGCCCUCCAAUUCCCCAUCAAAGCUAUGAUGAGCGCCUUUGCAAAGAUUGCUGGCAGAGGUGCACGUCAAGCUCUUCAGAAGUAUGAUAGGGAUGUGUAUGUCCGACUUACCCACACACACUUUCUCAGUCCAUUCUUGGCUGAUUACUCUAAGGGUGAUCUUGCUAUGACCAAAGCCGAGCUGGUGGAUCUGAAGUUAGGACGUGUGGGUACGAUGCUUGCCAUCGCAGAUGGACAGUCAGAAGGCUGGCACUUCGAUAGGGGGGACGACGAUGAUACAUAUUCGGUUGUGUUUGUGUUUGGGGAAGGUGGAUGGGAUACCAGUGAGAAGCAAGGCAAUCUGGUCAUCCCACAGCUCAACCUUGAGUUCGAACUGAACGUCGGAGAUGUUCUCUUCUUCCAAGCCUCCCAUCUUCUACAUUAUGUCCUACCCCUCAAUCCUGAAGACACUGAUAAGAGGAUUGUUCUCACCGUGUUCACCUGCAAAAGGCUGUCUAAUCAUUUCAAAAGGUACGGCUUUCCCAGGCCAUCCGUUUAG